AGAAAAUUUGCCUCUGUACAUGUACAGUACAUCUCCAAAGCCGCAUUCCACAUUCUAUUCAAUACAAGAUGUGAGCGUGUUUCACUGGCGAAUUCCUUCUAUCGGACAACUUUGCUGCUAGUCUUACAGGGAGCAUGUUCCACUUACAGAAGGCAAUGCCACUGAGGAUACUGUUUGUGCAGGAAGAAAUGUCUCUGUCAGAGAUCUGCCCGACUUCAGCAAGUCCAACUGUAAUGUAAUCGAAGGACCUCUUGUGCUGCAUGCAUCUCAUCCACCACUGAAUAUGUUGGAAGUCAAAGAGUAUCUAACACCUCUUACGACCAUCGUCGAAAUUACGUCAGUUCUGAUGGUGACAGGCUUGGAGGAAGGAGUCGAGAGCAUUGGUCAAAUCCUGCCAAACUUGGCAGUCAUCAGAGGAAACCCGGCCUAUCGAGCUCAUGGGUUUUUAUUUGGACUGAGAGUUUAUGGCAAUAAGUACUUGAAAAGGGUGGAACUCAACAAGCUGACUCAUGCUCUCGGAGAAAACAACUUGGUUGUAUUUUGGGACAACAGAGAGCUCAACUUUUAUCAUACUGUUGAUUGGAACAAGAUAUCAAGCUCACGAAAAUGUGCAUUGGCUAAUAAAAUUGAUCUAGGGAAAUGUUCAGCACAAUGUGGAUCUGGAGACAAUAGAGGUUGCUGGAAUGGAAGCAAUGAGGGAUGUCAGACUGUGUAUAACAAAAACAAACCUAACUGCAGCACUGAUAUCCAUGGUGCUUUCAGGAACUACAGUGGUUCUGAAUGCUUGUCGUUUUGCACAGUAGGAGGAAUGACAAAGUGUGUCUCUUGCAAAAACUUUUAUUACAACGGAAUGUGCGUACACGAGUGCCCCUCAAACACUUACAAAUACAAUAAUUGGCGAUGUGUUGAUCGCUGCCUUAACAUCACAGCACGAUUUCCUCAAAGUUGUACUAAUACUCCCACAUUUGCUUUUAAUCAAUCGUGUGUCAUGCAUUGUCCUGAGAAUUACACGGGAAAUCAUGAAAACAGAACUUGUGUGACAUGCAGUCGAGAAAGCUGUGAAAAACGCUGCAAUGGAGGAACCAUAAGAAAUCUGACAGAUGCCAAAAGAUUUGAACAUUGUGUUCAUGUGAACGGCAAUCUGACAAUAGAAACUGUGGAAGGCACCAAGGAGAACGACUUAGAAAACUAUUUGGGACAAAUAAAGAUUGUUGAAGAUUUUGUUUUCAUUUCCCACUCGAAGCUUUCGUCAUUAAGCUUUCUGAAAAACCUGAUGAUGAUCAAAGGGAGGGAGCUGCUCUUCUACAAUUCUAACGAUAUAUUUCAUCUGCGCCAUGCUCUCAUCAUUACUAAUAACGCUAACUUGAAACACAUCCAUUGGCAAAAUCAGGAAAAACUGUGCCUUGGUGGUCGCAUAGAUGCGUCUAUUGUAAUAUUAGACAAUCCCUGUCUGCUAUCACAAGAUGUCGAGACACUAAGGCAUCAGUUUCCAGAAAUAGUCAUUGCACAGAGAAACAGUGGUUGUGACAACGACAUGUUGCUCGUGCAGUUGUUGUCAUCGAUGGGAGCGUUGAUGCUGCUAACAAUAGUUAUUGUGUUGUGCUUGUUUCGAGUGAGACGCCAGAAAAGGCAGCUGGAAGUGAACUGCAAGAAAUAUCUGUCUAUAAUACAUCAAGAGCACCCCCACUCUCUAGUUGAUUAUCAACCCGAUAAAUGGGAAAUCAAUGGAGAGGACAUAACUUUGGAAAAGGAGCUGGGAGCUGGUGCGUUUGGAUUGGUUUAUGUGGGACGAUGGCAAAAGAGUGACAGCGAAGAACCGCUGAAAGUUGCUGUGAAAACAGUUCAGGAAGGAGCUAGUCAUCAUGAUAAAAUGGAAUUCUUACAUGAAGCGUCUGUUAUGAAAUGCUUCAAGAGCUGUCAUAUUGUUCAGUUACUGGGAAUUGUAUCUCAGUCUUAUGACGUAAUGGUUGUGAUGGAGUUUAUGACAAAAGGUGAUCUGAAGAGCUAUUUGAGAUCGCUAGAACCACAGAGUCGUGAGCCAUUUACUAAAGAGACCUUCCCGCUGUCUCAAGAUGCUAUGCUACAAGUUGCUCAGCACAUUGCAGCCGGUAUGGUAUAUCUCACCGAUUUGAAGUUCGUACAUCGAGACUUGGCAGCUAGAAAUUGUAUGGUAACCGACGGAUUGACCGUCAAAAUCGGAGAUUUUGGGUUGACCAGAGACAUCUACGAUAACGACUACUACAGGAAGGUCGGACAAGGUCCUCUCCCGGUCCGCUGGAUGCCGCCAGAAUCACUGAAAUACGGCAUUUUCAGUCAUGCAUCAGACAUUUGGUCGUUUGGCGUUGUGCUGUGGGAAGUGGCCACGUUAGGCACACAGCCGUAUCCAGGAAUGAGCAACGAAGAAGUUUACAAGUUUGUCACCGGUGGUGGUUUUAUAAAUAUUUCUGAUAUCGGUCACAUGCCCAGUGAAUAUAAGCUGCUUAUGGAGAGAUGCUGGCUCAUCAAACCCAACAACAGACUUUCAUUCCAAAUGAUCUUGCAGUGCAUAAAGAAUACAUCAGAAGAACAACCACAGUAGAAGGUACUUGUUCUACGGUUGACGUAUGUAACGUGGUCGACUUUGGUCUUGGAAUGACGGUCGAGUGAUAAGUGGAUCGUGCGUUAUAGCUGCAUUGGUGAUAGAGCUUGUGUUCGUCAAGUGUAGUAAGUGUGUCUGUUAUUCGGACCAGUCAAAUUGUUUCUUUUCUCGUUGAUAUCCAUUUGUGAUGUUGUGUGUCACUA